AUGCCUUCCUUCGAUGAAUGGUGGCCGUGGCCGAUCGGCCUGGAGGGGCCUCGUGAGAACCCCGUCGUCGUGGUUCCCUUCCUUGCCCCUGAGGCUGAGCUCGCCCCAAGUGACGGUGCAGGUGGGCGAGCUCCGGCGGAGGCCGGUGGCUCAAGUGCUGAGGAGCACGUGCCGAGUGGUGAUCCCGGGGCAUCGUCCUCAGGAGCCUGCCACUCCCCUCCUGAGGCGUUGUUCUUCAGGGAUCCUUCCGUCGAGGCGGCUGCGCCUCCUGAGAAACGGCCUCCUUCUUCCUUAACUCUUCCGCCGGCCGCGAGCGCUCCGAGUCCGCUGGUUGCCCCUGGAGCAGGGUUGGUUGAAGGGGCACUCCUGCCUUCCUGGCGCGCUGAACCUGCGGCCUCGUCGCUCCUCCCCCUUGGUCUGGCGUGGAGCUUGGCAGGCGUGCCCAAGACUCCUCCGCUGGUCUUGGAUGGCAACUUGUUUCCUUCGAUCUUCGGCUCCUCUUCGAGCAGCGAGCCCCAGCCGGCUUGGGCUUCUCGUGAGGACGGGCUGGUGUCGGGUGCGGCGCCAGCCCCCAGCCCCCUGCUGAGGGGUGGCGCGCCGCUUGGUGCCCCGCCCACAGCCCCCGAGGUGGAGGACGAAGAGGGCCGGGCAUUCGAGCUUGAGCGCGAGCGGAGCGUGGUUCGCCAUGAGCUCUUCCAAGAGGCGAUGAACGUGAUGAGCUGA